AUGGCGUGCGCAGCUCUCUCGCCCGAGGACCUGCAGGCCAUCAGCGGAGUCAUCUCCCUCCAGGUCGCUCCUCUCCGUGCUGAUCUCGAGUCCACCGUCGGCAAGAUCCACGAGCUGGACGAGAAGUUUGAUGCUCAGAUUGCCGAGCUGCGGCUGGAGCAGCAGAAGUUGAGGGUAUCGGUCGAGGAGCCGCGCCUGCUGUGCUGGAACACGUCCACUGCCAAGCCGCUCGACGAGGACAACCUUUUCCCAAGAAUUGCCGCCCAUCCGUCCCAGAUGGUCACCGCUGCACAGUCGGACGCCAAGCUGAUAACCAUGGGGAGCACGCUCAUGAAAGCGAUCGCCUCCACUGCUGGGCAUGCUCCGACGGGUCCAUCUACGCUGCUCAACCUGCGCCACCCGCUCGUGCUGCACCUGAGCCUCAUAGUCACUCUCCGCAUUGAGACGGUGGCGAAGUCG